AUGGACAGCGGCGAUUUGCUGGGCGUCGCCAUCCUCACCAAGUCCGAGGAUGACGUUCGCCGGAUGAUCGGGAAACCCGGCUUCAGGCGCCACAGCUUGAACCAAGUCCUGCGGUCGGGCGACCACACCCCUCUCGGGUUGGCCACCUCCGCCGGUCGCCUGGGCAUGGUCAAGCUCCUGAUCGACGCGGGAGCGGAUCCGCUGGCCUACUGCGAUGGAGACAACUGCAUCCACGUAGCCGCUAGGUACGGACACCCAAAGAUCGUGUCGGAGCUGAUCAGGAGAGGGGUCAGUGUAGAGGUUAGCACGUUGGACCAGCGUCGGCCCCUCUUCAUCGCGGCGCAGCAGAGUUCCGUCGAGACUGUCCAGGUGUUGAUUGAGGCAGGAGCGGACAUCGAGUUUCGGCACGAGGGCUUCUUCACCGCCCUGUUCAUGGCCGCCCAGUCAGGACGAACCGGCGUUGCCAUCGAGCUCAUCAAGAGCGGCGCAUACACGGGGCCCCAGGGGAGGCACCGCUGGACCCCCCUCAUGCAGAGCGCCCACAGGGGCUACCUGGAGAUCGCCAAGGCUCUCCUCGAGCACCAGUGUCCCCCGGACUCGCGCAACGAGCAGGGCUGCACCGCCCUCCACCUCGCCGCCUCGGCCAACCAGGCCGGCCUCAUGAAGCUCCUGCUCGACUACGGCGCGGACCGCGACCUGGAGACGGUCGAGGGGGCCACGCCGCUGCAGUGGGCGGUCAAAGAGAGCCAGAUGGAGGCGGCCGUUCUCCUGACAACCUACAGGCCGUCCCCCGUGCGGCGGCCCCCGGACAGCCUGCACCUCUGCGUCCUCCGAAACGACUUCGGGGCCGCGCGAGACUUGCUCAGCAGGGGGGCUCCGCCAGAUCACGCUGACAGAGACGGGGUUACCCCCCUCCAGAGCGCGGUCCUUAUCGCGUCGCCGAGGAUGGUCGAGGUUAUGCUGCGCGGGGGCGCCGACGAAUCGGCAGCGCUGCCAGCGGCCCGCGCGGGGGGCAAGGCCGGCGUGACCCCGCUGGCCCUGUCCUCCGCGAGACUGUCGGGACGACGGCAGGAGUGCGCCGACGCCCGUGUCGCGAGGGCCAGGGUGCGCGUGCGGGACGCCCUGCUGAGGGUGGGCGCGGUUCGCGCGGGGUGUUGGCGGUGGCCGGAGCUGCUGGAGGUGCUGCCCGUAGCGAGCGGUGAAGAGGUGGCGACGGGGAGCGCGUUAUCGUCGGCGGGAAGAGCGGUCCAGGGAAAGAAGGGGGUCGGUUCUGGUGAUGGUUUGGGGGCGUCUUUGGGCAGGGGGAGAGUACCGGGCGCUGGGCUGGUUCGGCUUGGGAACCGUGACAGAAGCAAGAGAGUAGCGCUGAUGACGAAGGCGGCGUUGAACAGGUAGCUCCCAUCGGCGUCGGCGGCGAAAGCCGUCAAACAAUGAGCGUGGCGGGGUGUGGGGCAAGCAAGGGCCAGCCCUGCAAACACCAGAUUCCUUCGUGUUUGCGUAGGUAGGUGAGGGCGUGUUGAAGCUAGCGGCACCGUUGCUGAUCGAAAGCUGUGGUCUGAACAAUUAUUGAAAAGACUGUCGGCAGGUAGGUGCUUGUUUGUUUUUUCUUUCGGACCUUGGAGCUUGGGGGAUAACGCGUUAGUGGGCCGCGCUUUUUGUCUGUGUAGGUUCGCUCUAUUCCUAUAAUAGCUAGCUGCUGCUCAAGCUCCCUCGCUAAUUCCACGGGCCACAACGACCCACAACGUCCACCAAGGCGUGUAUCGCAAGCGUGGGUCUCAUGGUUGAACCUCAUAUAUCUACGUCUUUGCUACUUGAGGCCGUCGAUCGGUCGGCGGUUAUGCUGUGCAUCUGUUGUUCCUUUUGGUGGCCCAUCGUUUGGGCCGGACUCCGUUGGCUGUGAUGUUCUUGAGCUGCACUCGGCAGUGCCAAGUAUUUUAAGAGUGAAAUGAUAAGGUAUCCUUUCUUGUCAAAGUUGGUAUUAAGAAUGUCGGCCGUGUUAACUAAAUCAGUGACGAUUGUUUUUGUGUCGUGCGGGAUAAGCGUCAAGAUGUACCACAUGUGGCGUACGCAAACAACGACGUUGGCGUGGAAGCAUGCUGGAACACGAUUGCUCGAAAAGCCACAGCACCACCCGAAUGACAACAGUAUUCGAUUGUUGAGGGUUUCGAAUGCGUCGGAUGUUUGCAGGGAGGUUCUCGCCCCACCAGUUGCAGGAAUCUUGUAGAAUUCGAUGAGUAAUCCAAGUCCGAGCCAUGGCUUCCUGGUCUGCGGGCGCUUUCGUGCGCAUGUGUGUCUCUAGAGCUCAUGGUUUUGGAUUGAUUUUUGCGAUUACAGGUGCUUUUUUUGUUGUGUUGCGUUGUGGCGGUUGCCAUUCAUGUACCUGCGGUAUUCUCGACUGUUGGUCUUGCUAUUGGUCCAUAUGCGCGCACUAUAGGGUCACCGCAACAUGUUUCGUCGGGGGGGCUAUUUCCGGAACAACGGCACCAUCGGAGACUAUUUCUGCUCUACAUGGUAGCAAUGCUGAUGCUCGACAGUUUCGUCGAUCCCCAUGCCGUGGUGCAUACACUUGUAGGCUAUUAACACUGUAGACUAUGUGCUUUUAUCGUGGCAGUUGAUGCGUAACGCGAACCGAGGAGGAGGAGUGGUUGUUAUGGAAGGAAAAGAAGGAUGGUCUCUGUUGACCCGUCAUUUGCUGACUUGACAGCAAUCAGUGUUGCGUGUUUUUUUUGUUUUGUUUGCACGCGAGGAAGUGGAGAACGCACCAGACUUGAAUGUGAAGGCCUCGGCGACAGGAAGGAAGGAAGGAGGGAAGCCUUUGGUGUGACACUGGCUGACAUGACCUCUCUAGCGAGAGCUUUUUUAAGACUGACUCAAUAAGAGAUAAGAGUACCGUUGUCAGCCGAGCGUGUUUCUAGCCUUCUAGCCUAAGAUGUUCCUAUCAUCUUCAGAACAGUAACACCCAGUCCGGCCGAGGGGUGUAGAUGUGUAUGUGGACGGUCCGCGACAAGAUCGACGCUUUCGCGGCUCUCGCCACUAUCUCUCAAUUCGUGUAGAGUGUUCUUAGCCCGGCACUCACUCCUAAAUGAGACCAGUAGCCUUGACCUUCAGCGUAUUGGGUCAAUUGUGCCCAAUAAAAGGGUGCUUGCUUGCAACAAUAUUUUGGUAGCUCGUAACAUGGCACAUCUCAUCUCUCUUCUAUGACUCGCAAUCUCAGGCAGCAGCCCUUGUGUUUUGUUCAUGUACUAGGGCAUUGAAAGCCCUACCCGCCCACAGCAAUGGGCGGCGGAGCCCGACUGGCAAGGCAAAGGAGGGUAGGAGUGCAAUGUACGGAGAGGUAGAGAGAGAGGAGGGGCGGGGGGACACGAAGAGUGAAGUGCUGUGAGGUACGUAGGAGGGACUUGGCGUACUCAUCUUUAUUUAAUGUGUCGUCUUGUAUGACUUGGUAUGCCCAUGAGUUCGGACGCAAGGCUUGGCAUUGUCCCCGUCAGUCGUGUGGCGAACGCAUAGAUAGGUUCGUUUUCGUUUGCACGUUUUAGUUCAUGUGCCCUCUUGUAAAGCGUAGCGUUGUGGGUGCAGAAACAGAACAGUCCCGUUCAUAUUAUAUCGAGUUCUCCUCCUUUCGCUGCUAGAACAACGUCUGUCUUGCGUCCA